AUGAAAUAUGGUAUGCUCGUGCUGCCAGUCAACGAAGCACGACGCAUUGUUGGUCAACUAGGGAAGGACUCGAACUUGCAGUUCGAAGACGACAAUGCGCGUGACAUGCGCCGUCCCUACCGCAAACACAUUCAGCGAAUUGACGAGAUGGAGCGGAUCAUCCGCUUCCUCAUUCAGGAGAUUAGCUCGCUUGAGGGCUGCCAGCUGAUUAAGAACAAGGUCGAUGAGUUCCUACAGACAGACGACACUUACACCCUAGAGGCUGUUGAAGGUGAGCUUCAGUCGUUGUACCAGAACUUCCUCAGAUUCAAGGAGAACAACGUCAAUCUCACAAAUGAGCGCAAUCAGGCAGUCGAGGAAGCCGAAGUAGUGGCCGUGGCGCGUGAAAUGCUCACGGGCUCUCGACCGUCUCCUGACUACGUGACAGAAGAGGAGAGCUUCGAGAGCAGCGCCAAGAAGCCUUUGCUGGGUGGUGAAGAGGUGGCCGUCGGCACCGGCAGGUUAGGCUAUUUGGCUGGGGUCGUGCUGAAGACGGAUGAGGCACGCUUCGCCCGCGCACUUUGGCGGGCGGCACGUGGCAACACUUUCACGCAGUUCACACCCAUCAGCCAGUCGGUGAAGGAUCCGAAGACAGGUCAGGAUGUGCAGAAGUCCGUGUUCGUGGUCUACUUCCAGGGUGCUGGAGGGCCCAUGCAGCAAAAGGUGCUGAAGGUUUGUUCUGCCUUUGGUGUCAACAUGUACAAUUGGCCAGCAAGUGCCGAGUUGGCCAAAACCCGUCAUGCUCACUUGCUUAGUGUGGUGAAGGAGAAGGACACGGCUUUGGAGGGCUAUCAGUUCUUCAUGAAGACAGAGGCCAAGGACCUGUUGGCACCGCCAAGUCAGAACCCGCAGGCCAACUCAAAGCUGGAAGAGUGGCGGCUGUUUUGCAUCAAGGAGAAGUCCAUCUUCAACAUCCUCAAUCUCUGUUCAGGAGAGAUUGCAUUGAGGGUGAAUGUUUGGUACCCGGCUGCAGAAGAGGCAGGGAUCAAAGCCUUGCUGCAGAAGCUGAAUGCAGGCUCAUCCCAGGGAGCUUUCCUGACUCCGGACAAGAACGUGAAGUCUGCACCGCCGACGUAUAUUCGGGUGAACGACUACACCGAGGUGUGGCAAGAUGUCAUCGACACCUACGGAAUUCCCAAAUAUCAGGAGGCCAACCCUGCCCUCCUCACCGUGGUCACGUUCCCCUUCAUCUUCGGUAUGAUGUACGGUGAUGUGGGUCAUGGCAUCCUGCUGUUCCUUGCUGGGAUCUGGCUCUGCAUGAAUGCCGAGACUUUCCGAUUCACCCAGCCAUCUUUGUUCACAGCCCGAUACAUGGUUGUCAGCUUAGGCUUCUUCGCGAUUUUCGCUGGCUUCAUGUACAACGACUUCUUCUCAGUGGGUCUGCAAAUCUUCGACUCCAGAUACAAGGAUGCAGGCGGAGGCAACUUCGUUCCCACUUUCGAUGUGAAGAACGAAGGCGGCCCAGGACCAUAUCCCUUUGGCCUUGACUGGGCCUGGCACGGAGCGAGCAACGAGCUGCUCUACGUCAACUCCUUGAAGAUGAAACUGUCAGUUCUGUUCGGAGUCCUGCAAAUGACAGUGGGCCUUAUCUUGAGGUGGAGCAAUGCUUUCUACGAGAAGAACAUGACCGAUUUCCUUUGUGAGUGCAUUCCCAUGAUGAUCUUCAUGUUGUGCUUCUUCGGGUGGAUGGACUGCAUGAUCUUGUACAAGUGGGUGUAUCCAAUCGACAACCCUCCAAGCAUCAUCAAUUCCUUGAUUUGCAUGGCCAUGGGGCAGGAGGACAAGUUCCCACUGUGGCCGGGCUCUGUGGAACUGGCGCAGACCUUGAUGGGGCUAAGCGCGCUCUACUCAGACUCAACACGCCCGCUCAAGGUGCCCAUCAUGCUUCUGCCGAAGCCGUUCGUUCUGUUGUACCAGCACAAUUCUAAGCAGGAGAAGAGCGACAAUCUCGUGACAAUUGACGAGGAGACAGGGCCCAGCUCGAACCACCACGGGUGCUCGCUGAACGGCCUCGCCUUCGAAGACGGUUCAAGCGCUUCUUCCAGGAUACUUGGCAAAGUGCUCGCAGAGCUUACCAACACCCCGGACCUCUAUUACCCAGACGAGCAUGCGGCAUUUCGGAAGUUCGGCUUCGACAACCCCGAUGCGGACGACGAGAUGCCAGAGUGGGCCAAUGAAGCCGACUCCGGGGCGCACAAGGACUCCACGUCUGAUGCCCCGGAGCACGAGCACCGCGAGCGCGUGACUUGGAAGAAGAUGAAGGAUCGCCCGGGCCAUCAUCGACGGUACCAAACACGCCGGCAGAAGCGUGAGCCUGGAGCAGAGAGGACUUCCGAGCCGCCCAUGGUGCCUUUGGUCGCUGGUGCCGUGAAGCCUCCCACGGACAUGGCGCUGAGCCACCAGUUCAUUGGCAUGGCUCAUGUGCCGCAGUAUGUUGACAUUACCAUCCUGCAAGCAUACUCAUACGACUCCUACCGUGUUGUGCGAGAGCUUAGUGAGAUUUUCAUCCACCAGAUCAUUGAGACGAUUGAGUUUGUGUUGGGCACGGUGUCGCAUACGGCUUCGUACCUCCGCAUCUGGGCUCUCUCACUGGCUCAUCAGCAGCUCUCCCUCGUCUUCUUCCAGAAGACGUUGACAAUGGGUUUGACAAUGUCCUUCCCCAUGAACGGGAUCAUGAUCUACCUCAUGUUUGCUGCGUGGUUCGCGAUCACGCUGGCUGUCCUCCUUGGUAUGGACGUGCUGGAAUGCUUCUUGCACACCUUGCGGCUGCAUUGGGUAGAGUUUCAGAGUAAGUUCUACAAGGCCGAGGGUUUGAAGUUCGCGCCCUACUCCAUCAAGAAGCUGGUGACUCCGACGGGCGACGGAGAGUAG